AUGUCGGACUUCUUGGCGGCGUGCGACAAGCCACAGGUCGCCCAGUCGCUGAGUGAGCUGGGCGCCCAGCACCGCCCGUCCAAGUUUGGCUACAUGGGCAGGCGCCGGCCCUUCACACACGCGCAGUUUGACACCAUCUACCCGCUUUUCCUCGAGGAGCUUCGCACAAAGGAGUUCAAGCUGCUCGAGAUUGGCCUCGACACCGGCGCCUCGCUCCGCACCUGGCUAGACUAUUUCCCGUGCGCAGAGGUGCACGGCGUCGACCUCCACAACACCUCCACCCCCUCUGUUGGCCACCGCGUGGUGACGACGCACGCGGGAGACGCGAGCGACCCAGCCUUUGCGGCGGGCCCCUUUGAUGUCGUGAUCGACGACGGUGGCCACCACGUCAGAGACCAGCUAGCCACCUUUGCUGCGAUAUUUGAGAGGGGCCUGAGCCCCGGUGGUAUUUAUGCGAUCGAGGACAUCGAGACAUCCUACUGGGAGGACGGGACUCCCCUGUAUGGCCGGCCGACCAAGGGCCCCGCGGGCUGCGACGGCAAGGGCAGCGGCCGCUCCACGGUCGACACCUUCCUCAGCAUCGUGCACGCGCCCGUCAAUGGCAAGUUCACCGACCGCGUGGCGCGAGUCACCGGACCCGCGGACUUUUGGGUCAAAUCGGUCACCUUUUCCCUCAAACUGAUUGUGCUCACAAAGAAGAGCGAUCGCGACUGCGUGCAGGUGGGCCCCUACAUCUGGCCAGAAAAGCUGUCGCGGACCUGCCCCGCGUCGCGGCAGAGAGGGCCGCCAGACCCGGCAGAUGAUCCGUUCUGGCGAUGGUGCCAGAGGCACGGUGGGGAGGGCGCCCGGAGGCCGUCCGGCGCGUCGACGGGGACCGAGCACAUCCUCCGCGCCGAGAUCCAGGAGCUGAGGAGACGCAACGGCGCGCUGCAGGCGGAGCUGACAGCCGCGAGGGGUUCGAGGGGGCGAGGGCGGGCGAGUGGUCCAGCGGAGGGCAGGUAG